CUGACACCAUUCGCCGUAUUUUCUUAACAAAAACAAUAUUUAUACAAAAUUUAUGUUCAAUAACACUGUGUAAACCCAUAACUUAUUCAUAACUAUGACAGCAAGUAGAAAAAGCAAGAGUUGUGCUAAUUAUACGAUGAAGAAAGUAGCAGCCGAUCAUGGAAAGUUCCUAAAUAGGAUCACCAAAACGCUUUAUUAUGGAAAACUACCGAAUACUGAUCGUUUUAGUAUACCCAUGUCAGAGUUGGCAGUGGAGAUGUUCUCCGAAGCCCAUCGUGGCCACACUCUGCAAAGACUACAAAUGAACUCGGCUUGCAACAUAUCUCGAAAUGCUUGUGUCAACCCCUGCGCUCUCGUAUUGGCUAUGUUAUAUUUGGACAGACUACGUGAUUGCAACCCAGAAUAUGUGCGACAAGUAGCCCCCAGCGAACUGUUUUUAGUAUCCUUGAUGGUCUCUAGUAAGUUUUUGCAUGACGAUGGAGCUGAAGAUGAAGUAUUUUUACACGAAUGGGCUGUCUCAGGGGGUAUUACCGUAGCAGCUUUAAAACAACUAGAAAAAGACUUCCUAAAUGCAAUGGAUUGGAAAAUAUUUAUAUCAGACUCCAAAUUUUGGUCAGAGUUUGAACAUUUAGAGCAAAUUCUAGCCCUACGAGAGGCCAAUAAGAGAGGCUGGUUUACUUACUCAGAGCUAUCCCUUCUACUUCCUUCAUCAGACCUUGCCAAAUUAAUUCUUUGUGCCACCGGUAUCCUAACCGUUAGCUACAUAGCCAGUUUAAUUGUAAUGUUUGGAGCAGUCUUCAUCACUAGCCAAAUACCUGGAAAUGCAAUUAAGACUUAUAGUGAAAGCCAAGACAAGUCCUGGUCAAAUGAAACCUUUAAUCAAGACAUGGAAUUAGAUAGCAAAUUGGAUAUUGAUGUAAAUGAUUAUUAG